AUGUUCACCAGAUUAGGUACCAAUGCUGUUCGUACAGCUUCUCGUCAAACAAGAAACUAUGCCACUUUACGUGAUAUUGAAACUCGUUUAAAAUCAAUUAAAAACAUUGAAAAAAUUACAAACACCAUGAAAAUUGUUGCUUCAACAAGAUUAUCAAAAGCUGAACGUGCUAAAAACACCGCAAGAGUUUAUGAUGCUGCUGAUCGUGAAGUUUAUAAACAUGCUGAAACUGCAGCUGUUGAAUCUGAACAACCAAAAAAUUUAUUAAUUGUUGUUUCAUCUGAUAAAGGUUUAUGUGGUUCUAUUCAUUCUUCAAUCGCUAAAGCUACUAGAAAAAGAAUUGCUGAAUUAAACAACAAUGUUGAUGUUGUUGCUAUUGGUGAUAAAGUUAGAACUCAAUUAAACAGAACUAAUGCUGAUAACUUAGUUUUAGCUUUCAACGGUGUUGGUAAAGAAACUCCAACUUUCACUGAUGCUGCUUUAAUUUCUGAUGAAAUUUAUCAAUUAAGUGAUAAAUAUUCAAAUGUUGAAAUUUUCUACAAUAAAUUUGUUUCAGGUGUUUCAUUCGAACCAACUAUCAAACCAUUAUUCGAUGCUGAAGCCAUUGAACAAUCACCAGCUUUAUCUCAAUAUGAAACUGAUCAAGAUGCUAAAGUUCCAGAAACUUUAUCAGAAUUCUCAUUAGCCAAUGCUAUUUACACUUCAUUAGCUGAUGGUUAUGCUUCAGAAGUUUCAGCAAGAAGAAAUGCGAUGGAUAACGCUUCAAAGAAUGCUGGUGAUAUGAUUACCAGAUACUCUAUCUUAUAUAACAGAACCAGACAAGCUGUCAUUACCAAUGAAUUGGUUGAUAUUAUUACUGGUGCUUCUUCAUUAGAUUAG